GAAACUUCUGGAACACGAGCGAUUGAAAGAGUUAUUAAUAAAUCAUCAACUACGCGAAAAUUCUUCACUCUGGUCUUGGCUUUGAUUCGUCGCCCGUGAUGGACCUACGCAGAAAUCAAUGGUCGGAGCAGGGCGAUUCCUAGGAACUGCCGCUAUUCGAUUGGAGGAGUCGUAGAUCGCGGCGACUUCUGUCGAAUUUGCAAGAAAAGUUUGAUUUGAAUGGUCAAACAUAGUGGGAUGGAAUCACGUCCAAAUGGUACAAAUCCAAUAGAUCUGAGCAAUCAAACUGCCCUACCUGCCGUAGUCAGUGCACAGCCAUGGUGGUGUACUCCUCUUUUUGCUGCUGGACCCGCUUCUAAGCCAGCUUUGGCAGGAGAUGAGGUAGCUGAGGUGCAUAACAUCAAUGGAGUCGAUGGCACAGAUGGGAAUCUUGGAGAUAAGGACCAGAGUUUGCAGCCUACUUCUUCAGCUAUGGCUCCUGUUAUGCCUGAGAUUAUUGCACCUCAACUUGAACUUGGACAAUCCCUCGCUUGCGCUACUUAUCCAUAUAAUGACCCUUAUUUUGCUGGUCUAGUGGCUACUUAUGGAGCCCAAUCCCUAGUUCAUCCUCAAAUUAUUGGAAUACCACACUCUCGCAUGGCUUUACCUCUUGAAAUGGCAGAGGAGCCAGUUUAUGUUAAUGCCAAGCAGUACCAUGGAAUUCUUAGGCGAAGACAAUCUCGAGCGAAGGCUGAACUCGAGAAAAAAGCUACUAAAGCUAGAAAGCCAUAUCUUCAUGAGUCACGCCACUUACAUGCGGUGAGGAGAGCCAGGGGUUGCGGAGGUCGUUUCCUGAACACCAAGAAGACCGAUGAAGGAACUGCUAAAACUGAGACACAGACUCCAACACGGCCAAUUAUGUCUUCCAACUCCCUGACGUCCGAUGGUUCUGGUAACACAAAUCCACCAAGUAGCAUCCAGGAAGCAACACCUGAAUUGAAAAUGAUCACCAGCACCAAAGAUAUCUACCAAGAGAAGUCUGGAUCCCAAUUUGCAUAUCAUCUCAAACCGGGUGAGAAAACUGAAGUUGAGGAUUGCUUACGACAGCAGCACGUUGGCAUCCUGAUGAACCAACCUCCAAACUGGGCCGUCACCAUUCAGUGAUAACCGCCGUCGGAUGGAUACCUGUGCCAGAAGAAUUGCACUGAGAACUAAAGCAUGGUCUACAUAACUUUAUGUCGAUCCAUCGAUGUAGCAGCAGAUAAAUAGGAGUGCAAUUGGAGGCAGGGGUUUCACUUAAAAGGGUACUGUUUAUAAUCUCAACUCGCGAAGGCAAUUCAUUCUUGGCUCUCUCUUGGCUCUCUCUCUGUUUCCAUUGUCUUUCUGUCUUUCCUUUCUGUUGUGGGGGGAAUAAAAACCUGGUGAGUGCAACAAGAACUCUGGCCCAUGUCUGGGGUAACCUAAAACUCAGUUUGAUCAUCAAAGUCUAAGUUGGAAAACAAUAUGGUCGUGAAUUUAAAUCUGAAAUUGUGUGCUAUAUACGCCCUCCUUUUGUCA